CAGGACAGACACCUUCUAGGUAGUGGGUGGAAUUUGCUUCCUCUUACUAUCCCAGCUCUCUUCUCCUUGGCCUGGUACAGGUGCCUAUUGGGUAAACAGAGGGUGGGGGUUUCCCAUACCUCCCCAGAGAAGGUCUUAGUAGCCCUUGCCCCAGGCUUCCUAGUUCAGAACCUGAGUUACCCACAGAGCAGAAAUAAGAAAGGAAGCAGGCCCGCUUCCAGCUCUGGCUCUCUGCUGCUCCACGUGCUCAUGGCCUCUCCCAGGCUAACACUAAGCAGUCAUGAGUCUGAGCCAGGUGGGAGAUUAAUUCUUAGGGGCACUUUAGGGCUAAGAAGGGGGAGGAAUGACAGGUGGAAGGCCACCAACAGAGAGGGGCAGCUGCCAUCCUUGACAUUACUGUCCUCCUGGGAGACCAUGGCAUAGGUGGUAGGCGCCCAGGCUAAGAAUGACAGCCAAGGAGGGGCCUGGACAGAUCUGGCCUCUGCCAAGCUUUGGCUUCAUGCAGGCAGGCUUCAGCCUCCCUGGCUCCUCCUCAGCCCUCCACCCUCCCCAGCACACAUGCACUUGAAAUUCCUGGCACCCACAUCCACCCACUCUGGACUUUGGCCUUUGCUGUAGCUAGUGUGGGAGCCUAGGAAGACUGGGAACAAAGUCUCUCAAACGAAAGAAAAGAAGCUGCAGACUUUGUAGUACCUGCCAGUCUUCCCCAGAGGAGCCUAGGCUGCCACCUGCAGGUCACCUGGGCCCUGGCCAUGUGGCUGCCUCUGCUGCUGGGUGCCUUGCUCUGGGCUGUGCUGUGGUUGCUCAGAGACCGGCAGAGCCUUCCUACCAGCAAUGCCUUCAUCUUCAUCACCGGCUGUGACUCAGGCUUCGGGCGCCUUCUGGCACUGCAGCUGGACCAGAGGGGCUUCCGGGUCCUGGCCAGCUGCCUGACUCUCUCAGGGGCAGAGGACCUACAGCGAGUGGCCUCCUCCCGCCUCCAUACCACCCUGCUGGAUGUCACUGACCCCCAGAGUGUCCAGCGGGCAGCCAAGUGGGUGGAGACACACACUAGGGAGGCAGGGCUUUUUGGUCUGGUGAAUAACGCUGGUGUGGCUGGUAUCAUCGGGCCCACACCAUGGCUAACACAGGACGAUUUUCGUUGCGUGCUGAAUGUGAACACGUUGGGUCCCAUUGGGAUCACCCUUGCCCUGCUACCUCUGUUGCAGCAGGCACGAGGCCGGGUGAUCAACAUUACCAGCGUCCUGGGUCGCCUGGCAGCCAAUGGUGGGGGCUAUUGUGUCUCCAAGUUUGGCUUGGAGGCCUUCUCGGACAGCCUGAGGAGGGACGUGGCUCCUUUUGGGGUACGAGUCUGCAUUGUGGAGCCUGGCUUCUUCCGAACCCCUGUGACCAACGUGGAGAGUUUGGAGAAGGCCUUGCAGGCCUGCUGGGCACAGCUACCUCCAGCCACACAGGGCUGCUAUGGGGAGGCCUUCCUUACCAAAUACCUGAAAGUGCAAAAGCGCAUCAUGAAUCUGAUCUGUGACCCAGACCUAACCAAGGUGAGCAAGUGCGUGGAGCAUGCACUGACUGCACGGCACCCCAGAACCCGCUACAGCCCAGGCUGGGACGCCAAGUUGCUCUGGUUGCCUGCCUCCUACCUGCCAGCCAGCCUGGUGGAUGCUGUGCUCACCUGGGUCCUUCCCAAGCCUGCCCAAGCAGUCUACUGAACCCAGCCUUCCAGAAAUAGAUUAUUUUUCAAAGGCAAGGACUUUAUUUCUGUCCCAAACCUGGCACUCACUGCCUGGUGCCUGCCACAAAAUAGGCACUCAAUAAAAGUGUGUUGUAGGGCA